AGCGCAGGCGUUUUCCAACCAUUCGUGAGUUCAACCCUCGGUGGGUUACAGCCACCCAAGCCUACCCAGUCGGCGUCAUCCGGACUUACCGCUGUGAAUGGUUUCCACUUCACCAAAGGCAACACCCAGUCGUCCAUGGCAAAUGGAUUCAAAGAGUCACCCAAACAAUCGUCUGUAUCGGGAUUUAGCGGAUUUGGCGGUAAACCACACCAAUUAAAUCCUGAAGAUUUUGAAAAGACCCACAACGCUCCUUCAUUCUCCAAAGGAUUAUUGGUCCCACCCACGGUAUCCUCCUCCCUAACUGUGCCUCGCGGUUUCACUGGGUUUCAGCCAGGGUUCAGCUUCAUCCCCAACACAGGUCUCCCCAAAACACACGUUGAGGGGCCCAGACCAGUUAGUCAGAAAACCACCUCACCUCGGUCUACAACUACGCCCGGUACUACAACUAUUCCUACGACGACAACUACAACAACAACUACUACUACUGCCCCGCCUACUACCCCUACUGUUGCAGCAACUACAACAGCUACUCCUGUUACUACUACAACUACUCCUACGACUACAACUAGUAGUACUGCUCCGCCUAUUACGCCUACUGCUACAACUACUCCCUCUACUACUACAACUACUCCUACGACAACUACUCCCUCUACUACUACAACUACUCCUACGACAACUACAACAACUAGUAGUAUCGCUCCGCCUACUACGCCUACUGCUACAACAACUACUCCUGCUACUACUACAACUAUUCCUACGACGACUACAACAACGACGACUACAACAACUACGACUACAACAACUACAACUACAGCUCCUCCUACUACCACUUCCAAACAAGAAGUACGCAGAGAUCCCCACUGCCCUAAGACAUUCACCUUCUCUGGUGGCUUCUGUUUCAAAAUAUACUCCAAGGAAAAGCAACACAAACAGGCCGUACUGACGUGUAGAAAAGGAGGUGCUAAUGGCCGGUUAGCAAUCCUGAAUACCGAGAAGAAAUUUGAAGCCUUACGAGCGGGGCUCUCUUCAGCCAAGAAGAAUGCAAAGUACUGGGUUGGUCUGAAGAGCGCAGGUGGCAGUCGCAUGACAUGGGAUGACAACAGUUCUGUAAACCGAAGUUUCUGGGCCCCGGGCGAACCUAACAGUCGGAAUGAAAAAUGCGGCGACAUGCGAACGGAGCUUAAAUACAAGCUGAAUGACGUACCGUGUUCACCGUACAGGUUCAGUUUCGUUUGCGAAAUCCCCCUUUAAAAUGCUUUCACCGAGCUUGUAAGUUGAUGACAUA